CUUUAACCACGCCCCCUGAACUAGACCACUAAAACCACCAGUUACCUGUUAUCUUUCUCUGUCGUUAGCCCUCCAUCCAAGGGUGCACACCUCACUGUAAUCUUAGGCAGCAACUGCUAGCUAACUCUACAACCGGAGCAAAACAAAGCACGACAUCUUGAAGACAAACUACAACGGAACGGGCGAUCGAAUCCUCCGGCCUAAACUGCAGUGCAUCAAAGAGGACAUCACAGCUUGGACAACUUUCUCCAUCUACGGACAUCACCAUACUUCUCUCUGCCUCAUCAAAACAUCGGAAACUCAUUUCUCCAAGGAUUGUAACAGAAGAUGGAUCCCAAUGUGUUAGUUUCUGAGCACAACACAUCAUAUGACCCUUUGAAAGAGUUAUCACUGUUGUUGAUGAGCUGCACAGGGACGCCACAACUCAAUGCAGGUGGUCUUCAAAGAAAAACAAAAAAAGACAACCGAAGUGGGCGUGACCCAGUUACAGCAAAGACCCUUGAUAAGUCCAAACCAACAUGCCUGGCAAAGAAACCUGAUCCAUGUGGAAGUGUCUCCACUGAUUUGGUGCAGCAGCAGAAAAAAGAGUUCUUCUUUUAUCGUUGUCAAAUAUGUGAGAAGGGUUACAAUGAGAAGGAAGAAUAUAAAGAACACAUGAAUGAAAUGCAUCCUGUAGAGAAGAAGCAUCACUGCACAGAGUGUGGCAAAAGCUUCACUGUUGCCUCCCUACUUCUCGAGCACCAAAGAAUCCACACUGGUGAGAAGCCAUAUGAUUGCCAAGAGUGUGGGAAAUUAUUUUCUUCAAAAAGGCGCAUCAGGAUUCAUCAAAGAACGCAUACUGGAGAGAAGCCAUACUACUGCAAAGAGUGUGGGAAGAGCUUCAGAAAACAAUACUCUUUGACAUUACACAAACGAAUACACAGUGGAGAGAAGCCAUACAAAUGUUCCUACUGUGAAAAAUGUUUUGCUCAGAUUUCUGCUCUUCAAGUGCAUGUGAGGCAGCAUACUGGAGAGAAGCCAUAUAGUUGCAAAGUGUGUGGAAGGUGUUUUGUUUCAUUUAGCAGCUGUCAAAAACAUGAACACAUCCAUGCUGGACACAAACCCCAUUUAUGCAGAGAGUGUGGAAAUACUUUUUCUACCAGCUGGAAUUUGCAGAAGCACAUGAGGGUUCACACUGGCGAGAAGCCGUACAUUUGCAAAGUAUGUGGAAAGUGUUUUGCUUCAUUUUCAAAUUGUCUAACACAUCAGAAGACACACACUCGAAAGGAGUCAUGACAUUUUUCUUCCCGUCGACGACAUCGCCUUGUUUCCAGUUGGGUUGGGUAUAAUUGUGAUGACAUUGUGUAGACACUCUUUCCCGAAGCGCAACCAGAUCGACUUGUGUCUACCCUUCUCUACUGCUAUUGAUUUUACUUCAUGUGUUUUGCUAUUGUCUUAUAUUUUGCUAAUGUGUAUUAUGUUUCCAUUGCUAUUCUCUAGCCAGAAAGCAUUUUCUUUUAGAUUCCUUUUUUGUUCUCUCUGUUUCUCGCCUUUUGUUGGCCUACAUUUUCUUGAAUAUUGGUUUGUAUUUUAAUAAAAUGCCUCCAUCA